UGCCUCUUCCUUCGCUUCGCCGACUCCCAAACCCUAGCCUCGCUCUGUUGCGGCGGCGGCAGAGAUGGCGAAGUCGCUGCGAUCCAAGCGGGAGAAGCGGCUGCGGACGCUGCGGCGGGAGAUCGCGGAGCCCUUCUACGACAAGAAGGAGGCCGCGAAGCUCGCCGCGCAGGCUGCCGCCCUUGAAGCUCCCCCGCUUCCGGUCCGCGGCCCGCCGUCCCAGGAUGCCGGCAGCUCCCGUGCCGACGGCUCGGCCUCGGCCAUGGAUGUGGAGAUGUCUGAUGGAGGAAACGGCAGGUUGAAAUCCUUGUUGAAGCCACUUGGCAGCAUUAGCAAGAAGAAGGUACAGCUUCAUUUGAAGAUCAAGAAAGACAAGAGGAAAGCUAGAAAGAAGGGGAAGUUUUCUUUUAAGAAGUAGAGACGUAAGCCUUUUAUCUUGUGAACCAAGCAGUUUUGUUGUCAGUUGGAACAACGCUUGUACGAGCACCUAAAGUGCUAACCAUCCAUCCUUGGGUGGCUACUUAUAUGUUGAAAUGAGUACCUUGUGGCUAUGAAUUCCAAGCAAUGAAAUUGACCAGAUUGUGUUUGACGUCA